AUUAAUAGAAAAUGAAUACUGUGUCAGAAUUCUUACGUCCGUAUCCUUAUAUAAAGAAACAAGAAGGACCAGACAACUGAAUAUUCUUCAAGGUGUAUCUUGGGGUUAUUCUGUUCAUUUCAACAUGUAUUAUGCUAUUUGUGUUGUGGAGAACUAUCAAAUUUUAUAGAUCUUUCAAGUGUAACAAAUAAGCUGAUAUUAGUAUUCCUUCUUUUCGUUUGUGCCUCUACGAUUAGUAGGACUACUUACUUUAUAUUCGAGUUCAUAUGGAGGGCUGGAGAUUGUAGUAUUCCUUAUAAUAAUUGAGCAGAAUCCCUUCUGCAUUGGCUAUCCGGAACAUUAUUUGCAUUGGCAGUCGUGAUCAAUAUAUUUAACUGGGUCUAUCAGACCGUGAAAAUGAAGGUAUUUCAUGAAUGAAAAUACAAAAACCGGAUUGGAGUACACCUUUCUUUUGCUAUUUUCGUCCUAAUUGUAUUUCUCACAUAUAUAGGAUUUGUGGUAUCCUCUUGAAUCCUCGAAGAGGAUGCAGUUAUGGUAUUUAACAUAAUAACUCUUGUUUAUGCUGGCACCUUUUAUCUAAUAAGCCUGACCUUUAUAAUUGUUGGAAUAAAUUUCUACAGAAAGUACAAGAAAUUUAGCGAACCUCAAGCUCGUCAGAUCAGAUCAAGAAUCAUUAUUAGCAUUACUGUUAUUUCCUUUUCUUUCAUUGCCAGAGGGACAUUGAAUAUCCUAUACUAUGUAAUUGAUAAAAACUCACAGCUGAGAAGGGAUUGGCUUAAAAAUAACUGCGUGUGGUUUCCUAUAGUAAUGACCACCUAUUUUGUGAUUGCAGAGAUUCUACCAACUUUAUACUUAUGUUUAGGACUAAAAGUAGCUACUAAUGAAGCUGAAAAGAGGGAAAGUGUUGAAGGAGAGAUAGAAAAUGAGGUCCCAAUAGAUAAAAGGUUCACUACAAUCAACUUUAAGGAGCGUCUCCACUCAGAAAACAGUAUUGACGUUGAGUCAAGUAUGGAGAGCAUAGAUAGUAAAUAAUUUCAUUAAAAUUCUUU